AUGAUAGUUACUCAACUUUCAAGCGGAACUGAGGACUCGGAAGUAUGCUUAGAAGGGGAGGUGAUAGAACCUGAAAAUGAAGGGGGCCCUAGCACCCUGGAUAAAAGCCUGGAAUACUACCUGAAGGAAGACGACAUCGACGAAUUUCAGACGAACAUCACGGAAAACGUAGAUACUAACCGGUUUAACAGAGUCGACUCAGACUCAGACAUGGAUUUUAAUCUGGGAGAAAGUGAGGAAAGUGGAGAGUUCAGUUUAGAAUCACUGGGUAGAAGGUUUAAAACACUUGUGGACAUAGUGACUGAGCCCAUAAAAGUAGAGUGUCCAACGUCGUCCUCUGGUAGUCCAGAGGAUUCAGACGCUGAGGAAACAUUCGCGAUCAUCCCGUCCUUCAAGAGACUAUCGACCGACUUCAUAAACGAAACGUCCAAGUUCUUCAAAACUGCAGGCUCAAAUACAACUGCAGCAGACUCAGAAAACAUUAGUCAGGCUCCUUUGGACAGUACGGCAGAAGGCAUCGGAAAUAACUGGAACGUAGAUAUUAUAUCUAAAUGGUUUUAA